CGCACGGCGCGUCCGCGCCCCUACGCCACCUCCUCCUCCUCUCCCCCUCAUUGCGUCGCCAAAUCCGGAUCCCUGCCCCAGCCCUACCCACCGGAGUCGCCCGUGCACUAAUGGAGGAGGAGGUAGAGUCGUCCUCGGCGGUGGCCCUUUUGCUGGUACUGGUGGCGCUCGUCGUGGUGCUAUCGAUGGCGCUACUGGUACACGGCCGGUGGCGUUGGGGACCACCACCAGCGCCACCAAGAGUUGAUCCACCUAGGCCAGGCACCCGCCCAUCCCCCGGCGGCGGAGACGGCGAGGAACGAGGCGGGGGCCGCGGUCGCGCCGGGCGUCGACUUCCACCUUCCCGACGAGAUCCUGGCCAUGAUCCCCACCGACCCGUACGAGGAGCUGGACGUGGCGCGCAAGAUCACCUCCAUGGCCAUCGCCUCCCGCGUCUCCCGCCUCGAGGACGACGCUGCGCGCCUCCGCCGUGACCUUGCCGACCGUGACCGCGCCGAGGCCAACCUCCGCGCCUGCCUCGACGACUCCGACGCGCGCCUGGCCGCCGCUCUCGACGAGAACGCGAAGCUGGCGAAGGAAAGGGACUCGCUCGCGGCGACGGUCAAAAAGCUGACCAGGAAUUUGGCGAAGGUGCGUCCUUUACUAGCUUUCUAGGUCCAUCUGAUGUGCGAAUUCUAUCAAUUCUGAUCUGAAGUUUUGGCUUUGGCAUGAAUUGUUAUGUGAACCCUGCAACAUUUGAUUAGAGGUGUGUUUCAAGUGUACAUUUACUGGAAUUGUUGGGGACUUUGAUCAGACACUGUUCUUUUAGUGUUGU